UGGAAAACAAUUUCGAAGGAACUUCGGCAGCAGAAGAACUGCCAACAUAGUCAAGAUGGUGGAGCCAAAGCUACAAAAAUUGCUGGAAACUUUCAAGCCUGAAAUUAUAAAAUACACUACUUCAGCCAUCAUUGAACAGGUUUUGGGUAAACUAACGCAAGAGCAAAUUGCACAAGAUGACGUUAAGAGAAUUAAGGGCAAUGCUAAGCUUCUGGGAGCAGCCUGGGGAGCAUAUAAGCUUCUGGAUUGUUUGAAGUCUUCAGAUGAAGCUGCUUUCACAACACUGUUAGAAUCGCUUAAAAAGAACAAGUCAGCAGAGGAAAUUUACAAGAAACUUCGCAGCGAGUGUAUGAAAGAGGGCUUGCAAUACGUCCUGCCAGCCAGUUGUUUUGAUGAAGAUGACGAUGAUUUUGACUCGAAUGAUGAGGAAGAGAGAAAUCAGAGUAGGCUACGAGAGGCCUCUCUUUCACCAGGCAGAGUAUCAAUUACACGCUCUUCUCGCAGAAGACAAAACUCCUUUGAUUCCGAUGGCUUUAGUUCAGAUGAGGAAGAAAACCUCCCGUACACUAUGUCCAGCACCCCGAGAGGCGUAUGUCUUAUUAUCAAUAACAUGGAUUUUAGUGAAGCAAGAAAAAACAACAAGGGAUAUGAUGAUCGAGAUGGAUCAGAAAAGGACGAAGAAAAUCUUAAGGAAGUUUUUGAAUGGCUAGAUUUUGAUGUGAAAAUCUACAGAGAUCAAGCAGCGUUGAAUAUGUGGAAUAAAAUUCAAGAAUAUUCGUCGAAAUUCGAUCAUAGCAAGUAUGAUUGCUUUGUUGCAUGUAUUUUGAGCCAUGGACAAAAAAACAGUGAGAAUGACAAGGAUGAAAUAUGCGGUACUGAUGGAAAAGGUAUCCCAGUUGAUUCGAUCAUUCGCAGCUUUGAUGCAAGCAGCUGCAAGUCCCUGCGUGACAAGCCGAAGUUGUUUUUAUUGUCAUGCUGCAGAUCAAUGGGGGAGAUGGGUGAAAGAAGUGCCACCAAAGGCACCGUCCAGGCAGAUGGAUCUCGGUUUAAUGGACAAACUCAAUCAAAGCUGUCUUUGAGACCUUUGGCCGACCCUGCAGAUUUUUUCAUUGGGUUUUCCACUUUUUCAGGCUGCAAGAGUUUACGUGACAAAAGCAAAGGAACUUUCUACAUAUCGACACUUUGCAAUGUUUUUCGUAAGAUGGCUAGAAAGGAUAAUUUGAUGACGAUGAUGACAAAGAUCAACAGGAAAGUCGCAGCCAUGGAACAUUCGACUCAGGUGCCCAACCCAUCCAUGACUUUACGAAAGCUGUUGUUUUUCAAUCCGCAGACUGACUGGCGUGGGAAGAAAACUGCCACCAAAAACUGAGAAUGUCGACAAACAUCAAACAAGCUAUCAAUGUCAUCAGGUGAUGAAGUUUGACAAAAUGAAUUUGUGUGGAUUCAAAUGAAACAGUAAAGUAAUUGCUUUGUUACCAGUUACAAAACACAACCGUAUUUCUUCUUUUUGUACUUAUAUUAGAAUUUGCAAGCUAUCCUCUAUUCUUGUUGAUUUGCUAAUCCAUAUAAUUAUAAGUCAGGGACAAAAUUGAUUGAUACAAGUGAAUUUUUCCAAAGGAGUUUUCACUCCCCAAACAACCCCUGUAGCGAUGGCCUCGACUGAGCUUAUGUCAUUCAUCAAUCAUACUUUAUGUCAUAAGUUUGCACAAUUAUGUACUAUGAAGUUACUAAUGUUUGAGAGGACUUAGGUUUUUGAGGAUUACUAUUUCAGGCGUUUAGUAUUCAAUAUUCAAAGAAUAUGUUUAGUAUUCAUAUUUGCUUGUUCUGAUGUUAUAAUCUCAAUUAUAUCGACGCGAUUAAUUUGGCAAUUUUUUUCAAAUUUAUGUUUGAAUUAUAUUAAGUUGUCUAAAAAUUGUUAUGUUUUUGGAACGAUCGAAAAAUUGCUACGUUUGUAAAACGAUCCCUAAGUUGCAAUAUCAAAUGUAGUUUCUUUGAAGCUUUUUUUUAACAAUUGAUGUUGCCUGUGUCUCUGCGUUUAUAAGCAGAAACAGACAAGAAUUAAAUGCACAAGCAGAGACAUAUCCAGGUCAUGGCACCAGUUUAUUGUGAUACGGUCAGUUUUUAGCAAUUCUGUAUUUUCCAAAAAAUGAUUAACUGUAGAAUUCAAGAGACUAGAAUUUGGAAAAAAGGAUUGAAAAAAUUCCUGACCUUCUUACCAAGCAGAACCCCCCUCGCUCAUCCAGGGGCGUAACUUGGCCAGUAGGUUUGGGGGGGGGGUGAAAAGGGUUUCUGCCCUGCAAAACUGAGUGAUGCCCUGCAGACCUCGCAGCAAAGGUUUGUCUAUACUCUAUAGUUUACUAGUGAAAGCUUCACCAGUGUACACUGGUCUUUACCAAGGACAAACUUCUAAGCAAUAAAAAGAAACUUAAAACUUCAUUGCCUAUGAAAUAUCUAUUUCUCUACGUGAGCGUAAAUUAUAUGUCAAAUUUGAUUUUCUUUGAUAAUAAAGCUUCUAUAUCGUUGCAUAUGAUUUUUUGGUGCAGUGGCGAAGCAACGAAAUUGAGCCCGGGGGGACUAAGAAUCAAGUUUAGUGAAUAAGGAGGACCCACCAUGGUUGGGUCCGACGUGAAGAAAAUUUUUGAAAUUAUACCUUGUAAUAGGGCGAAAAGGCAUCUUUCAGACUAAAAUUUAGCAAAAUACUAUUGUGCUAAAAACUGAUUAUUGUUUAUUGGGAAAAAUAGGGAGGGGGAAUAUCAUGCUAAAACUCUAGUGUAAGACGUUGGGGAACGAAAGAAACGGCAGCCUUUCGCUUCAGAUUGCACGUAGUUGUGAAAACAUUGCAAUGAUACAGAAAAUGAUUUACUGAAUUAAUGCAAAUAAAAGAAAAAUAAUGAAAAAAUAUACGUGAAAAAGUUAGUAAUUAGAUCAAACAAAAUCGGCAUCUUAACAGUUUACUCUCUUUUUAUUUCAUGCACUGUUAAAAAUUAAUAGAAAAAAUGAUAAAAAAAUUCUUAUCUUGACCAAAGUGAGGGCCUUCAGCCCCCUAUUCCCCCCCAGUGACGCCGUGCCUGUCAUGAAAAUAAUUUACAACUUAAAUUAAUUGAUAAGGACUCAACCUUGCCCUCAUAAACAUAUGCAUCAAUCAUUGCAUCCAUUGGCUAUGACUUUCGGUAAGACAUGAUUUCGCUUUGCAAAUAACGGAGCUUUUUCUUACAUACCUGUUCCGUUCUCUAAAAUGCAAUAUCAGGAAGGUAGGUUCAUAACAAAUAUGAUAUUUCCAUUUCAAAAUUCCUAAACGGCCCUUUACAAACUUCAGGGGUGACAUUUCUGCGUGGGAACAAAGCUCUUCUUGGCGCCCUGCGAAAUCUUCGAUUGCCCUGCGAAAUCGACUGUUUUUAAGAUUAGGGGGGUGUCACACCCCCCCCACACCCCCGGUAUUUUCGCCCCUGCGCUCAUCCACAAUUUCUUACCCUUACACAAUUUCAUGACGUUUGUUCAUCACAUAAGAAAAUAGAUAAUUAGCUGUGCCAAAUAAGCUGGGUAGAAACUGCGCCACUCUUGACAUGAA